UGAGCUCCCCGCCACCUCCUCAAAAUAAUAUAUAUAAUGGGCCAAAUUCACCCACAAACAUGCAAAGCAGGCCACCUAAUACCAGCAACAACUCACCUUCCUACUCACCUUUUGGUCAAACUCCAUCCCAGUUCAACAGUGCACCACCUCCCCCAGUUCAUCAGAUGACAAACCAGUUGAACAACAUGCAAAUAGGUGGCUAUGGUCCUCCUUCCACAAGUAACUCUCAGAUGCCACCUAAUCCAAUUAUGUCAGGCAGUUUCCCAUCUCAGCCUCUGGCCAUGGUACCCGGUCCACACACAGCUCCA